AUGAAGGCAAUUGAUGAGCAAAUUGUAAGCUCUGACAAGGUGUUCGCCAACACCCUUAUGAAGAAACUCUCAAGUAUGACAUUUGAUAGAAGUCGUACAGUGCGUGAGCACAUUAUGAAAAUGAUAGAUAUUGCUGCUAAACUCAAGUUACUUGAGGUUGAUAUGUCCACACCAUUUCUUAUGCAUUUUGUUCUCAACUCGCUUCCUACGAAAUAUGAUCCGUUCAAGAUAUCUUACAACACACAUAAAGAUAAAUGGUCAAUCAAUGAACUCUUGACUAUGUGCGUGCAAGAAGAGGAGAAGUUGAAGCAUGAGAUGUCUGAAAGUGUAAAUUUAGUGACCCGUGAUAAGAAAAAUACAAUAAAAGACAAAAGUGUUCCAAUGAAGAAGAAGAAUUGUCUUGACAAAGACACUUACUGUUUCUGCAAUAGAAGAGACACUGAAAGAAAGAUUUUCUGA